GAGAGCUUCUGGCUUCACUGUGCAACUCCUGGGGAUGAUGGUUCCAGAGCUUCACAAUGGGCAAUUCUGUGAAAAAAGGGAAAGCUGUAUUUGUCGAUCAGACUCAAGUCAAGAGCAUGCGGCUCUACAAAGCAGCCUUAGAAGAUCAGAGCAGUAAAUCACCAGAAAUACCCAAAUGUAAAACUAAUGAAAAUGAAGACAAUGGAUGGAGGACAGACAAGAAUAAAAGUGGCCUUAAAAUCGAAAUUGAGGAAUACAUCUGUUCCAGUGAUGUGGUUAUCUUCAGCAAGACGUCAUGCAACAGCUGUGCAAAAGUAAAAGACCAUUUUGACCAAAUGGGUAUUACAUAUCUGACAGUGGAACUAGAUCAAAUAGAGAACGGGCACAAACUGGAAGAACUGCUAUAUGAGCAAACCAUGGAAACAUCUUUACCCAGUGUUUUUGUGAAGGAAAAGCAUAUAGGAAACUAUGAUGACAUUUUAAAGUUGUCUAAAGAAAACCUGUUUCAGAAACUUCUGGAAACUAAAGAAGAUAACCCUGAUCGAAGCGGAUAUGACUACGACCUCAUAGUUAUUGGUGGGGGAUCAGGAGGACUAGCUGCUUCCAAGGAGGCUGCAAAUUAUGGCAAGAAAGUGCUGGUACUAGACUUUGUGACUCCGACACCCCUUGGCACAAAAUGGGGUCUUGGAGGAACUUGUGUAAAUGUAGGCUGCAUUCCCAAGAAACUAAUGCAUCAAGCGGCUUUACUAAGACAGGCUUUGAAAGAUUCUCAGAAGUAUGGAUGGCAGAUAGAAGACAAUAUACAACACAACUGGGAAAUAAUGACAGAUUCUGUCCUGAACUAUAUUGGCUCUCUAAACUUUAACUACAGAGUCAGCCUAAUGCAAAACAACGUGAAGUAUGAAAAUGGCUACGGAGAAUUUGUAGAACCACAUACAAUCAAGUCAACAAACAGUAGAGGAAAAGAGAAAUAUUUUACAGCAGAAAAAUUUCUCAUUGCCACUGGUGAACGACCACGAUACUUAGGUAUUCCCGGAGACAAGGAAUACUGCAUUACAAGCGAUGACCUCUUCUCACUUCCUUACUGUCCGGGGAAGACUCUGGUUGUUGGAGCAUCCUAUGUUGCCUUGGAAUGUGCUGGCUUUUUGGCAGGACUUGGUCUAGAUGUUACCGUCAUGGUGCGUUCCAUUCUCUUAAGAGGUUUUGACCAGCAAAUGGCAAACAUGAUUGGUGAAUACAUGGAAGAGCAUGGAGUGAAAUUCAUCAAACAAUGUGUGCCAACUAAGAUAGAACAAAUAGAAGCAGGCACACCUGGGAGGUUAAAGGUAACAUCACAAGCAUCUGAUGGCGCAGAGACAACAGAAGAAUACAACACUGUUCUGCUGGCAAUCGGGAGGGAUGCAUGCACAAGGAAUAUUGGACUUGAAAUUCCUGGAGUAAAGAUAAAUGAAAAAACAGGAAAAAUCCCAGUUAAUGAUGAAGAGCAGACUAAUGUGCCUUACAUCUAUGCGAUUGGAGAUGUCUUACAAGACAAACUAGAGCUCACCCCUGUAGCCAUCCAAGCAGGUCGUCUGCUAGCCAGGAGGCUUUAUGGAGAUUCAACUGUAAAGUGUGACUAUGUAAAUGUACCAACAACAGUAUUUACUCCUUUGGAAUAUGGUGCCUGUGGCUUAUCUGAAGAACAUGCUAUCAGACAAUAUGAAGAAGAGAAUAUAGAGGUCUACCACAGUUACUUCUGGCCUCUAGAAUGGACAGUACCAGCAAGGGACAAUAACAAGUGUUACGCAAAGAUCAUCUGUAAUCUGAAAGAUAAAGGAAGAGUUGUGGGCUUCCAUGUCCUCUCUCCGAAUGCAGGAGAAAUAACGCAGGGAUUUGCGGUAGCUAUUAAAUGUGGCCUCACUAAAGAUCAGCUGGAUAACACAAUAGGAAUUCAUCCUGUCUGUGCAGAGAUAUUCACAACUUUGACUGUGACGAAACGUUCUGGAGGCAACAUCUUACAGUCUGGAUGCUGAGGUUAAACCCUGCUGUUUUUAUUUGUUGACAUAGCCAAAACCUAGUUUUAAAAUGGUCUAUUGAAAAGAUAGGCUUCAGCUGCUAUGGCAACAAGAAAACAGCAGGGUUAUUCUGCAGAAAAACUGACUGCAGGACGCCAUCUUAGUGCUAUUGUGACGUCACAUCCCAAAGCCAGAUUUGGUGGGCUGUGACUGAAGACCUGCGCACUCAGUUUAUCGAAGCUAAAAGACUUUUAAAGAUAAUGUUAAACUUUCUAAACUAGCCAGUUAUUGGCUAAGGUAGCACACACUUGUAACCUCGUGGAUUUCUGUACUGUAUAGGAUUUUAUUCAUUGCAUUUGCUCUUGCUUUUAUCUGUGAAAAUUUUAAGCUGGUCAUACUUGUAAUGAUCCAUUGUUUAACGAGGUUGCCAAAUAGGCAGAUUUUUUACUGAUAUGCCCACCUUAAAGCAGGCAGCAUCAAGCUGAUCAGAUAGUUUGGCCCUAGGGCCAAAUGACAGAAUCGCAGAACAAACAGGCCAUUGGGGCAAGAACUGCAUCAACAAGCUGAUGUGUUCCUCUCCCCAGUGGGAUUUUUAAACCUGUCCAAUUGACAACUGCCCUCUUUUGUCCAGAUAUCGAGGAGACCCCUUGCAGGGCCCCAUACACAGGCAAGCUACUGACGUGGUCUGUCAGCAGGUUUUAUGGCCCCGGGAAGGCCACCUUUACCAAGUGGGCUUGUAUGAUAUUGGCUAAAAUGUAUUAUUUAUUUAGGAAACACUUAAUAUUUUGUAACAUUUAAACUUUGUGAUAGCUUUAUAUUUAUCUGCAGAGACCAGGUAUUCUAUUAUAUGUACUGCUUUGAACAAGUCACCUUUAGAGAAAACACAAAAUAGAGUGUAAAAAAGAAGCAAUGCCUAUGAAUGGUAAACUUGACAGGCAUUCUUAUUUAUUAGUAUUCUAAGCUAUGGGAGUAAUUAUUUUGUAUUUAGCCUUUUGUCAUUAUUGUGAGCAUAUAAAACACAGACUGUGUACCCCUUUGCAGGGACUAUACUGUGCAAAACAAAUAACGUUUGUACAAUAGUCAAUAAAAUUGUAUAGUUUUUAUAGAUAGACUAUGGUCUCAAAUAAAAUGUGAAUUUUGAAAA